AUGGCUUCUGCAAACCUGGUCCAGGAAUUAACGUGUCCCAUUUGUCUGGAGGUGUUCACGGAUCCGGUCUCUCUGGGGUGCGGACAUCACUUCUGUGCAACGUGCAUCUCUCAGGUUUGGGAGAGGGUCUCGGGGAAUGUCUCCUGUCCUCAGUGCCGGCAGGUGUUCGCCCAGAGGAACACCAGGCCCGCUCACAUCCUGAGCAACGUCGCAGAGAAGGUCAGGCAGCUGAGGGUGGGGGCGGCCGAGCGGAGGAAGGAGUUUGUCUGUCGGGAGCACGAUGAGAAGCUGAAACUGUUCUGUCAGGAGGAGCAGAUGAUGGUCUGCUUGGUGUGUGGCCUGUCUGCGCAGCACAAGAUGCACAAUGUCAUCCCGAUAAAGGAGGCAGCCCAGGCGCACAAGGAAAAGUUGGAAGAAUCACUGAAGCUUUUGCAAGAGCGAAUGAAUCAGGGUGUUCGGAGUCAGCAGGAAGGGGAGACUGUGAUCCGGCGGCUGAAGGACCAGGUUGAUGGACGGAGCUGUGAGAUCAGGGCUGAAUUUGAGAAGAUGCACCAGUUCCUGCGUGAGAGGCAACAGCAGAUGGAAGCAGAGCUGCAGAGAGAAGCGGACAAAAUCCUAACACAACUGGAAAACAACUUAAAGAGAACCGUCGAUGAAAUCUCUUCACUUAAAGCAGUGAUACAAGGUGUAAAAGUGAGAUUGGAAAUUGACGAUCCCCAUGGGCUCCUCAAGGAUAUUCAAGCCCUUUUGAAGAGGUGUGAGUUGCCGGUUUCCAGUCCUGGAGUGGUGUCUGUCGAUCUUCCUGAGGAUGUGGCUGAAGGAAGACUGAGGUAUCUCAAAGUGUGGAAGGAAAUGAGAGCCGUGGUUUCACCAGUGCCAGAGCGGCUAACACUGGACCUGGAUACAGCUCACAAUGAUCUCGUCCUCUCUCAGGAUCUGAUGAGUGUGCAGUACGUGACCACCGAUCAAAAUCGUCAGGAUCACCCGAGAAGAUUUGUAGAAGAUUUGUGUGUUUUGAGUUCACAGAGUUUCAUGUCUGGGAGGCACUACUGGGAGGUGUAUGUUGGAUAUAAGAUUAGCUGGGUUGUGGGUGUCUGCACAGAGUCUGUAAACAGGAAUGGAAGCAUCUCCUACACACCGGAACAGGGACAGUGGGUUAUUGAUGUCUCUUCUAAUUCAGUGAAGAUACCAAAUGUCAUCUCCCAUCUGGAAAUAAAACUCCGAAAACUGGGGGUUUACCUGGAUUAUGAGCGUGGCCAAGUGUCAUUUUACAAUGCUGACAAUAUGUGUCACCUCCACACUUACACAGACAGUUUCACUGAAAAACUUUGUCUCAUCUUAAAUCCAUGUGAUAACAAAUCAGGCAAAAACUCUGAACCACUCACACUGCUCACCACUUAACACAGUGGGACACGUUCUCCGAGGUCUCAGACUUCCCUGGACCCACUGAGCAGAUCUCACUGCACCGAUUCUCUGAAAUACAACCAGAAAAAUCGGAGCACUCUGCAAUGUGGAAACAUAGUUAAUGUUUCAGGUCCAGACCAGCAUGUGAGAACUGAUUCUCUGUACCUCCUGUCUGAUGGUAGGUGCAAGCAGAUGACUUGGACGGUCGGGAUCGUCAGUGACAGAUUUUGCCUUCUUGAGGCAGUGUCUCAUGUAAGAACGACCAAAGUGGGGUGGGGUGUGUCAGUGAUGUAUUGGACAGGGUCCAGUACUCUGCAGCUUCCCACAUUCCUGCAUGUUUGAAUUGCUGUACCAGACCAUAAUGCAACCACAGGAUACUCUCAGCAGGACAUUUGUAGAAGUAUGUUAAACUGUUUCAUGACAAUCUGAACCUCCU